AUGAAAUAUUACCGGGUCCUCGUCACUAACGCCGGACGUCUCAGUCUCAUCGGCUCAAACCUCCCUGUGCAGGGCAUUUCAUGGUGGUUGUUUGUUCAGGAUGGGGUAAAUGCGGGGCUGCCCUGUUUUCUCUGGCCCGUGCAGGGCGAUGUGUAUGGAAAGUUGUCUUUCGCCCGACUGGAAGACUCGGGGUUCUUGGGGACAUUUGGUAUUAGAGGCAUCCCCAUCAACGGUGAAGACACAACAUUGACAACGUCGUCUAUACCAGUGUCAAAGUCGAAGUGGGGUCGCCAGGACCCAGGGAAAUGGUCCCUAGCACAGUCGUAUUAUACGAUGAACAAGGGUAAAAGCCCCCACGGUGCGGGGUCAACAGCGCCCUGCGUGUUGCCUUACAUUGACCUGCGUGUGGCAUCCUGGGGGCUCGAAAAGAUAUGCCGCCACACGCAGGGCAUGAGACAGUUAUUCUAG